UUAUCACGCAUUUUUUUUUCAGUCUGAGAUUAAUCCAUGGCUCUAAACUGCUUGCACUUGCUUGCGAUUAUCGGAUUUCUCGUCGCGAAUUUGCUCCCGAUGUCGCUAUCCUCCGUCGUUUCCACCGGCGAUUUCGACAAAGAUUUCUUCGUGACAUGGUCUCCCAGUCACGUAAACACUUCCAAUUAUGGCCGAUCAAGAACCCUUAAGCUUGAUCAAGAAUCUGGAGCUUCCUUUGCUUCCAACCAGAUGUUCUUGUUCGGGCAAAUAGACAUGAAGAUCAAACUGAUACCAGGAGAUUCUGCUGGAACCGUGGUUGCAUAUUAUAUAUCGUCGGACCAGCCUAACCGGGAUGAAAUUGAUUUUGAGUUCCUCGGAAACGUAAGUGGGCAGCCAUACAUUCUUCAGACAAACAUUUACGCGGAUGGAUCUGACAACCGUGAAGAGAGGAUCUAUCUCUGGUUCGACCCGACCAAGGAUUUUCACACUUACUCUAUUUUAUGGAACAUUCACCAAAUUGUAUUCUUUGUAGAUCAAAUUCCGAUAAGGGUUUACAGAAACCACACGGACAAGGGAGUGGCAUUCCCGAGACGGCAGCCGAUGAGCGUGAAGGCCAGCCUAUGGAACGGAGACAGCUGGGCAACACGUGGAGGCCGUGACAAGGUUGACUGGUCAAAGGGUCCGUUCCUCGCAACCUUCGGGGACUACAAGAUCGAUGCUUGUGUCUGGAGAGGAAAUCCGAGGUUUUGUAGAGAAAGGGGAGAGGAGAAUUGGUGGAACAAGGACGAGUUCAGUUCUUUGACAAGAUUGCAGAAGAGAUGGUUCAAAUGGGUGAGGAAAUAUCAUAUGAUAUAUGAUUAUUGCCAAGAUCAUCAAAGGUUCCACGAUAAUCUUCCCAAAGAAUGUUCUCUACCCAAUUAUUGAUUUAUAUCAAAUACUCAGUUUGAUAACUGUUCUUCUUUUACAAUAAUGUGAGUUUGUUUAAGUA